AUGACUGGUGUAUAUGAAAAGCAAUGCAGAGGAGCAAGAUUUGACUAUAUGGUGUCUACUGUAGAGAAUUGCAAAAGUUUACUAGAAAGCAAAAAUUAUAAGGAAUCAUAUUCAUUGAUUUGUGAACUAUUAUUGUCUCUUUGUAACGAUAGAGAGCUAAUUGAAGAAUUUUUUUAUAGUGGUGCAUUUGAAUUUUGUUGUGAAUUUUUAAAAAUUAAAGGAGAAAAUGAUUUAAAAAUAAUGAAUAAUGAUUCUUCUGAGGUACAAGAUGUUGAAAUCCCUAAUUUAAUUAUUGAGCAACUUUCAUUACUUUCAUCUUUUACACUGCAAUCAUUUGAUGAAGAAAUUGGAGAAAUUUCAAUGCUGAUUUUCUUUUUAACUGAAAGGCAUAGAUAUUAUGUUGACGUAAACUGGAAAUCGAAUGAACUAAAGUAUAUGGGAAUUUUUCUCCAAUCUCAUUUUCGUUUUUUAUAUUCUGCAAUUAAGUCAUUUAACAAGUUUGAGAAGACUGAGGGGCCCUCCAUCUUAUUACUAACACUUAAAAAUAUUGAAGUAGCAAUACGUGGUUUUCCUGCACAUAGAAUAGUUCCAAAUAUGGUUAAGGCACUCACAGAAAAUUCUACUUGGGAGAUUAUUGCUUUUGUUGCGGAAAUAAUUAUUUCUAAUACAUUAGAACUUUUAUUAGAACAAAAAGAAAAAAGUGAAAAUAAUAACACCAAUAUUUUGAUGCAAUUCAGGGAGUGCGCAUUAGUGCUAGUUCAGAUAAUAACAUAUUUUCCAACAAUUGGCACAAGUCCGGGAAUAAAUAAGCAUAUAAUACCUUCAUUAAUUCAGAUUGGGUUUCAAAAACUGUUUUUAACACAAAGUAAUAAUAUGGUAAGCAUUAGAUGUUCCUGCAGAUACUGCGAAAAUUGUCGAAAAAUACAAAAAAUAUGUACAAAAAGAGAGGAAUUAAUUAUUAAAGAAUCUGUUCCGUUAUUAAAAGAGUUAAUAGAUGUUUUUAUGAAAAACAAUGCCCUAGAUAUGCUAAGUAACUUAAUAACAACCAUACAAAAUAUUGACAACAAUUGUACAAUGGAUAUAACAUCAUCCAAUAAUUAUUUUAGCUAUCAAAAGGCAUUUAUUAAUAUGAUACCUUUCAUACAAAAAAUGUUCGAUACUGAACAUUUAAAUAAAACUAUAGUUACUUUGAUGCAAAUAAUGCCGAAAUCAACAAAAAUUUCUACUGAAAAUACUCAAUUAACUACAUUAGAAUCUAAUAGAACAUGCUUUGCUAAAAUAACAAUCUCAAAAACUGGGUCUGAAAUCUCGAACUCAAAUUCAGAUGAGAAAUGCAGUAAUAUCAAAUCAAUAGAAAUUGUCACUUUAACUGAACAAACAAAAAAUAUAAUCAGUUGUUUAACUGGAAUAAUAUUACAAAGUUUUGAUUUUCCAAUAAAAAGUAAUGAAAAUAUGAAAGUAUCAGGAAUUCUUGAGAUUGUUUGUCCUACAUUUGAGUUAUUAUUAAGGAAAUGCAUAAUUGAAUGGGAAAAACAAAUUGAUUAUAUUAUUAAUAACAAAUUUACAAAUGAACAGAUGAUAUUGAUUUUAUCAGAAAUUAACACAUUACUUAACUUAAUUGUACCCAUCUAUUUGAAAUAUCUAAGACAAAAAAAUAUUAAUAGUAAUAACAAAAAUACAUAUAAAUCAACAUUUCAAUUUCUUCAAAAAGCUCUCAGUAAUAUACUUUCCGUAUUUUCUGAGUGUUUCUUAAGCUUGUCUCAAAUAUUUAUCACAGAGUCAAAUUCUGAAAAACCAUCCAAAGAUCAUUCAAAAACCACUAACUAUAAUCAAAUAAGCCAAGAACAGAAAGACACAAUUUAUUUCAUUGGUUCUAGCUUAAUUUUAUCAUUAUCUAUUAUCUCUGAUGUUUCUACAUACAACUGGACAAACGUAUCACGAAGAAGAUAUUUACCCUCACCUCAUUUCAAAGUAUGUGGGUGGAUUUCAUCUUCUCAAUUCAAGUUUGUUGAUUUAUGGAAAAGGAUAUUCAUGUCUGAACGUUGUAUAAUUAUUAAAGAGCUUUCGCAAAUAGUUACCCUAAUUUCAGAAAGAAGCUCUGCACUGAAUUCUAAGGAUAUUAUAACACGAAGCCUCAAAUUCAGCUCGGAAGAUAACGAUCAAUAUGAUGCAUUUUUAGAAGAUACGGAUGAUGAGGCAUUUAAUGACUCUUUAGAAAAUAUGAACCUCAAUUUAAAUAAUGUUGAAUAG